UCUUUUUAGGGUUAUAGAUUUAGGGUUCUUGAGCAGCGAUGGCGCAGAGAAGGGCGCCAGGGAUUCCACCGCAGCAGCACCAGCAAGUCCCCUUUGUCCCCCAGCAGCAGCCGCAAGCGCCAAUGCGGCCGAUGCCUCCGACGCCAGGUUUGCCCUUCCUCUCCUUCGACAUCGGCAACUCAGGGUAUGGCGGAUCGGCGCCUCUCCAGCAGCCGGGAUACUCCUCCUCCUCCUCCGCCUCCACAGGCUUUGGCGCCGCGUUUGAGGACGAGCCUCCUCUCCUGGAGGAGCUGGGGAUCAAUCCGUCGCAGAUCUUGCAGAAGACCAAGUCGGUGCUCAUUCCUUUCAGGAGGAACCUCAACCUCCACGAGGAUGCCGAUCUGUCGGGGCCGUUUUUGUUCUGCAUUCUCUUUGGGCUUUGCCAGCUCCUGGCUGGGAAGCUCCACUUUGGAGUGAUCCUCGGGUGGGGAUCUCUGGCUUCUGGGUUUCUCUACACUGUCGCUAAUCUUCUAUCGGGAACUCGUGGGACGCUAGAUCUCUAUCGAAGCUUUAGCCUCGUCGGGUAUAGUUUGCUCCCGAUGAUCCUCUUCUCGGCUCUUUCUCUUCUAGUUCCUCGACAGGGUGCUCCCAUCUACGUCAUGGCCGGGUUGAUAGUUCUUUGGUGUACGUGGUCGUGUACGAGCUUGCUCGUGGUUUUGGCUCCUCACUCGGAGGAGCAGAAGCGUCUCAUUGCGUAUGCUUGUUUGAUCAUCUAUAUGGCCUUCGCGCUCCUCAUCAUCUUCUAACUAAGCAUUCGUGAGUGGAAAUAACUUGGAAAGCUUUGUAUAGUACUUGUUUUUCUCCAUCAAGUUUUGUAUCUUUCUCGUC